AUUCUUCGACCAAGUGCCACAAAACUGUCGCGAUGAAGUUUCUGUGCGUCGCUGUUUGCCUUGCCGUGAUGUGUAUUGAAUCACUAGCUCAAAACAAUCAAUACCUGCCUCCUGACAAGGGUUAUGCCUACGACAAGCCGAACCAGCCAUUCCCUUCAUCCCCUCAACCUCAGAAUGUUCCACGACCGCAGCCCACUCCCGGUCGUCCAGCACCUUCAUACGGUCCUCCCGCUCAGGACGAUCACCACCAUGAACCUGGAAUGCCUUUCGAUUUCCAGUAUAACGUGAAUGACAUUGAAACCCAAAAUGAUUACUCUCACAAGGCAGUAAGUGACGGCGAUGUGACACGCGGCGAAUACCGCGUUCAGCUUCCUGACGGACGUACGCAAGUGGUGCGUUAUACUGCUGACUGGAAGAAUGGCUACAAUGCUGAGGUAUCGUACGAAGGUGAAGCCAAAUAUCCAGAAGGUCCUGGACAGGGUGGUGCCAAUGCAGGUGGAUACAAAUACUAGAGUUCGAUAAAUAAGAACAGUUCUUCAUGGCCUAUUUGCAUGAUGGACGUUGUUGUCUAUUCUCGCGUUCGAUAAGACUCGAUUUUCUUCUGCAUUACGGUAGAAUCACCAUUUUUCUAUACAUGUGUUUCCUUUCAAGCUGCAUUGAAUACGAUAAGAUUAUAAGUAAAAUAAGAGUCAUUAUGCAGGUAAUAUCCAAAUGUGAAUAGCCACUUACAUACAUUGAGCACAUUACUCAUUGUAUGCGAGAAUCAGGAUAUUGUUCGCAUACUUGUUCAUUCCUAGCUAGAUGGUUGCAGAACUUACCGAAGUCAUGAAAUACGUACUGCAUGAUUCUGCAUCCACCUACCGUGCGAUAAAUCAUUAAAUUAACUUACAUUAACUCCAACUCAAGCCAACCUGUUGUUUAGAGACAAUAACAGCGUACCCAGAUUUUAUUUCAACAAAGCGAAAA